CCGUCUAGCGAUUGGGCGAUUUCUGAGUAGGCGAAGUGACAGUUGGAGCUCGAUCUUUUCCUUAGUGUUAUUCCAAAGGCCUCUUCCCAUCUACAAAUCUACCUUCUUCUACAAAAUUGAAUUUUUUGAUUGGCCCAAUUUGGGGAUUUACUCGGCUCUAGCCUAUAUAAUUUUCUGUGCCUGUCCGAGACUGCGAGCCGAAAAUUAUUCACAUCAUCAAAGUAACGUUCAAUAAAUCAAUUUGUCACCUGAACGUGAAUACUGAAGCUGUAUACUUUCCCCGGGGAAGAGCUAUGUAGCGGCAAAACCCAUUCUGGUAAACCAAUGCUCCCCAAAAGAAAAGAAAAAAAAAAUACAUCUCCGUGUAAAGAUGUAUAAGCAAACAAAGCAUAUGCGUUGUUUUCAGACAAUUCCAGAUUCUGACCAGAGCAUUUCCGAUGAGGAAGAAUCUGACCAAGAUUGGCCCAACAAAUGCCUUACCCUUGACGGGUCCGCCAAGAAAAAGGAGGAAUUACCACUUUCAUCACGGCUAGAAAUGCUCAAAGCUGGUGCGCAUGUGGAUGCCUGCAACUUGGAGGAUGACGUGAGCUCUGGCGAUGAGCGGAACAAUGUGCUCCCGAAAAUUUAUGUCACUGUUGGUGGUAAAAAGUUGCAGAAAGAUGAUGUUCAUAGCAUUGGAAAAGAAGACGGAUCAUACACAUGGUCUGCGGCAACUAAAGAAGUUGAGGAACUUAUGCGUUCGAAUGAGAAAAAUUCAUGUUCAUCGUCACAUUCUUCUUACUUGAAAUUGAAUAAAUCAUCUAAAGGAGUCAAAGGCAAAGGCAAGCCAAAGUUUUCGUUCCGUUUCCCAACACACAAGGAAGGACACUCUUGGCUUUCUGUAUAUAAGGAUGACAAUGAUGUUUCAUUCAAGGUUCAAGAAUUGCCUGAGAGGUUGGAUUAUAGAACUGAAGAAAAUUCAGAUGCUGAGCUCCUUGAGGAUAUUCAGGUUGAGGAGGAAAAUCAGUUGGAGAUUGUGCCUUUUGAAGUCAAUGAACAUGGGCAUGGCUGUAUUGAGCAGUCAAUGGCAGAGCUUUUAGAUGGCCUUCAGGAUAAGACAACUAUGGCAAGAGGAAGUUCCAAAAUGUAUAGUAGAAAAAGAUGUAAAAGGGGGCAGCCUGUUGUGAAGAGAGUACCCCCACUUGGAGAUAGACUUAUCGACAGUGAAAGCUCCCCUGAGCACUUAGGCCCUGAAUCGCCAAGUGAUAGCGAGGCUGAUGAUCAAAUUUUGAAGCUUGAUAAACCGGAGGUGAAGAGGCAAACAUUGGUAGAUCGAUUUCAGGAAGCUUUAAGUGACAGAUCCCUUGUUACAGUGCCUAAAACAUUAAGAAUUGGAUUAUUUGGGCAACUGCAGCAGGUCGUUCAGAGUGAAAAAGAAAGUGAUAUGGAAUUCUUAAAGAAUAUUGAGAACGGAGCUAACCAAAAGGAACCAAGCUGCAUCGAUGUGAAAAUUUGUUCGAGACACUUGGAUGCAAAGCUGACAGUUUGCCACUGCUCGUUAGGCAAUAACUUAAAGGUCAUGAGCCUCCCACGGUCAGGGAGCCCCAAGCACAUGCUGAACGAAGAAACAACACAGACAGUUAUUUUCAAUCCAAGAGUUUGCAAUGAUGUUGACCUUGAUGCUGGGAAAUGGAUUCGUAUUCAUGCUCCAUGGAAGGAGAUUCAUGUGGGCAAUGACAAAAGCAUUAUCCUAUCCACUUAUUUCUCCGAGAUUUGAAUUUGACAAGCUUUCAAAGUCCACCCCAUCCGGUGAUGAGCAGGCCUUACAUGGGAGGUGGGUUUGAAUAUCAAUUGAAGGUAAUCCACAACCUCCAUUGGAAAAUCUUAUUCGCGAUAAGAACCCUAUGCUGCCAGUGCCAGACGGUUAUGCUCUGCCUGAACACUGUUACGGCUAUCCAAGUGGCGUAGCCAGUGAAGAAGGUGAAUUUGUCUUUGAAAUGAAUGCUGCUUUUUAUGGGAGGAGUGCUUGGUGGGUGAAUUUUUUUGGUUCAGUUGGUUAUGAUGGUGGCUAUGAGAACCAUAAAUAUUGGUGUCUUUUAACAUGGAUCUCUACCUCAAAACAGUUUGUCAACUGUUUAACCCAGUUCUAGUUUGAUUUGCAAUUGCUAUGAUUGGCUCAGCAGGAUUCAGGAAGCAAGGGAAGCUGCUUUGGCAACUUAAUAACUCCGUUACCAAACACCAUGCGUCUAUGCAAUCAGAUUUUUGUUAUUUCUAGCACCAUGAACAACGUUGCUUCUUACACAUGUAGUUUUGUUGGGAGUCGAUCCCAAUCCGUUUUAAGUGUACAUAAGUUUAGUGACAGAUAUACGGUACUUGUAAAUUUGGAUUUGCCACUGUGGUUGGGCUUUUUUUCACUUUGCUA